GGACACCUCAGAGCUCUGUGACCUCAUUAACCAGCCAUGGGCAACCCCUGCCUCAAUUGCCAGGAACUUCCUUGGGAAGAAACAUUGCCCAGCCCUGGAGGGGCUGCUAUCGUGGGCCCCUCACAGAGACCCUUCCCCUGCCCAGCCAGGUGGGUCACUCUGGUGUCAACCUCAGCCCAGGGGACCCCUAGUCUGCCCCAGUGACUUCUGGCUUGGCCUCCUUUCCACUCUUCUCCCCUUCGUUAUCCCAACCUCUCUCCUCCCCUAGAAUCCGGGGUCUCUUGAACGGCCGGGGUCCACUUUAGCAGGGCCUCUACAAAGGACUGAGCUGUGAGGGGUCCAUCCAGGAUGAGGAGGGGAGGGUGGAGGGACCCAGGAAAACUCCCUGGAGGAGGAGCUCCUGCUGGAAACCCAGCCCUCAGAAAAGCAAAGCGACGGAAGGAGGGUCUGGGUGGACCCUGCUGACCAUAGAGGCAGUCUGGGGACUGGAGCUGCCUGGUGGCCCAGGUAGGGCUGAGGUAUGGGGGCCUAUCUUCUGCUUAGUUGCACAGAGGCUGGAAGGUGUCAUAGAUGAACGGGGCUGCACAGGCUGCAGCAUGAAGGAAUAGCGAGCCCACGUGAGAGAGAGCCCGCUUGAGCUCCAGGGCCCUUGCUGUGCCCCGUGCAACUGACUAGCCUGCUAGCCCUAGGCCUGGUCUUGACCUAAUCCAUGCCUGCAGGGCCCAGUCAAGAACAGCUCGUCUUCCAGGCCUACCCCCACCGAGUCUCUGCAGAUGUCUCCCAGCCAGCACCGACCCUGCCUGGCCUCGGGAGGCACUCCAGAUAGAUGGAAGGAGGGAGGGACAGAAACUACCUUCAGGAAACACGGGGUUCACGAAGGUGAGGGGCUCACGGCCUGUGCCCCGGGCCCCUCCCUUGGCACACGGUGUUCUGCAGGGGCAGCUUUCGCCACAAAGCCGCUUUCACUGGACAUUUGAGAUACUCUGAUGGCUGACCUCACACAGACGUCCUCGGCCGCCUGUCCUGGGGUUCCUGUGCGCAGGUUCCUGUGAGCAAAAGCAGCCCAUCCAAGUAGGUAACAUUCGGCAACAGGUUUCCCUUCUCUGAGCAAAGGGGGUCAGACGUGGAAAGGGGCAGGAGCCAAAGGCGCUGUUGAGGCAAGAUGGCAGCUACUCAGAAACACAACCUCUUCACGCCAGAACCUCACUACAUUCCUGGCUACGCGGGGUUCUAUCCGCAGCUGCGCUAUCAGGUGGGGAACACCUACGGGCGCACCACAGCACAGCUGCUCACAGACCCCAGCGUGCAGAAGAGCCCCUGCUCCGUGCUGUCCCCCAUAUCCAAGCCCAAGUUCAUCGAGGACUUCAGCAAGCCCAAGCCACCUUGGAUACCCUGCCGGGACCUGACUGAGCCCUAUGUCCCCCAUUACACCGGUCUGAAGCCCUACAAGAACUUUGAGAUCCUGGGCCGGUUCCCACCCCAGGAGGGGAACGCCCAGAAGGGGCCGCAGGGGGUAGAGAGCAUAUCCAGGCAGGUCCUGCUGCCUGCGGGCUUCAUGCCCUAUGCCCCCUACCCCCCAUGCCCGCCAGGCAGGAAGGGGGGCUCCAGAGACUUUGGACACCCAGGCCUGCGGCUGGCAUAUGGAGAGGAGGCCUGGAAGAGCACCACCCCCGUCCACGAGGCCCCUGGGCGGGACCAGCUGCACCACUGCAGGAGGGAUGAAUACCCACCCCCGGCUCAGCAGCAGGAGACCCUAGACGUGGGCAGGUUCUACAGGCUGCCGCAGCUUGACCACCCCAACCUGAUCCAACGCAAAGCCAUCUCAGGUUAUGCUGGCUUUGUCCCCCGGUUUGCCUGGGUGAUGGGGGUGAACUACCGUGACGGUGUCGCACAGGCCAUGGAGGAGUUCAGCAAGAACCAGUUCCUGUUCAGAAACCCCAUCUGUGCUCUGGGGGAGCGGCUGCCCCAAACACACCGGCCUGGCCACACCAUCUACAGCAGCCAGGGCCUGGUCCCCUUCUACAUGGGCUUCGUACCAUCGACGCAGGACAACUACGCGCUGACGUUCGGCAAUAGCACCCGCAAGGCCUAUCGGAAGGAACUGGAGAGGCGACACCAGACACUAUGAAAAUGCUUUAAUGGUGGCGUCUGGACAGCAAUGUGACGUCAAGACAGGAAGGAGAGCAAGUGCACACAGAGAACAGGUUGUGAGUGAAUAAAGCGUUCACACCGCU